UCAAAUUCCAAACUAAAACUUGUCUGGGACAAUUCGUGUUGGUUCUUAUAUCUUUUUUCUUAUUAUAUUUACAGUAUUCCUUGUAGUAAAUGUAGUUCUUGCGUUAAAUUUAUAUGUGAUUUGCGUAAAGUGCCAAAUUGAUGUCUCGUUAUUAUUGGUAUUAUGAAUCAGGUUGAUCAAAAUAUAAACAAAGAUAUGUUUGAUUCUGAUCUGAUCGACGUGGAAUCUUUGGAUUAUUCCGAUGAUCAGACGUGGUUGUAUAAAGUCCCAGAUGACUCGGGGCAGACUGUUGACAUUGUGGACUGGAACUUAUCCUGCGACUGGCCCGUUAAUGAGGACAAUGAAUAUCUUAAGUUGGAGAAGACACUAUACACAGUACUCGACAACAUUAUUAAAAAUGAAGUCCUCUCGAUGCCAGACAAACACAAGUUCGACUCACGAACCUACGUGAAGCCAAAGAAACGAACGCAUCGGCCGAGCAUACAGAACAUUGUCGAGGCUGCGUCCAAUCCACCUUCGAUGUCCCCCAUACCUCCAAUGAACACAAUACUUCAGUCGACCAACCAGUCGGCCAACAAAUAUCUAACGUACAACAAAUACAAUAAUCCUUUAGGACCCAUCAGUCCGAUGAUAAGGCUGAAGACUUUCAAUGUGGACACGAAUUCGGAGAACAGUACUGCUGUCAAAGAGUAUGCGAUGAAGAGGAGAAGUUUGGUGCAGGAUGACGAUCCGCAGCUGGAAGAUCUGGAUGUGACCCUCGCUUCGGAGGUGUCGGGACGGUCAUCGAUGGAGCAUGCAUCGUCCAAGCCUAUCAACAUCGAUCUGUCGCAGCCAGCUCACAACUUACACAACACCUUCAACAAAGGUUUAACAAACAUGUUAAACGAGCGACCCAGCCUCAGUAUGUACCAGAGUGGCGAGUCGCUAAUGCGCAUGUCUCCGCCCAGUCUGGUCUCUUCACUGCUCAUGGAGAGUUCUGGAACGUUCAACGCCGAGUCUAUGGAUAGUCGAAAGUCUAUGCCUUCGCAUAAGGAUUCGGGUCUCCCAAUGUCAGGCCGCGACAGCAUCGAUCCUAUGAUGACAAGUAUGACGCUCAGUAUACUUGACGAAAAGGAUAUGAGCACCAGCUUCCUCUCACAAACUACUUAUCCCGACAACGAUAGCUUCAUGGACUCCCUACCUCCAAGCCUUGUGAGCUCCGUCAACUCCUCCUACGUAAUCUCAAAUACUUCCAAACCCAAAGACACCACAGACUCUAACAUCUUCAGCUCAGCUACCUUCACACACCUCGAACAGUCCGAAAAACUCCUGUCCGCAAGACCCCGAUGCACCCUAUACAACAGCUUCACGAAACGAGAAUCAGCCAUCAGAAACUCCGAAAGCUACACAAAAUCCCGCGAGGAAGCCUGCCAGAUUGACACCGCCAAAAUUCUAAACGAAAACUCCGACAAGAAAGACUCGCCGAAAGUAAUACCUAAGCCGAACCCAGAAAUGGCGGAGACGAUCACCUUACACUACUCUAAUAAUAGGUUCAGAAGAGACAAUGACGCUGAAAAAGAAAAUUUCGAAACUGACGACGCGUUUUACAAAGAUAUGGGGAUGCAGAAGCCUGAGGAUAUAGGACGGAAUAGUUUGAACGUUACUUUGGGGAAGCAGGAGUUGAAUGAGAUUAUUCAGGCCCGUCAGAAGUUGUCGAUGGCUCGGAAGGCGUUGCCGACGGAGCCUGAGAAGACGGUACCAGCUCCCGUGGACACUUCGCCUAUUAAGACCAUUCAGUUGCCGAACCAGACUAUCACAGUGCCGCGACAGAGUAUGGAGAAUGCUUCAGAGUUGCUGGCGCGACGGAGACCGCUCAACGGCACCGGUAAUGGUUUCGAAAGACAGGAAGAACCCACUAGAGAAACCCCCAAAAGAAAUGCUACGUUUAAGAAACUCACGCCCAAGGCAAGCGCCAUGGAUACAACGGUUGUGUACGUGAAGUCAGACGAUAAACAAAUCAUAGAUAUUAAUUCGGCUACCCUUAAUUUAAUUGAUGUUGGCGAUAGGACCCUACAACAUGAUGCGCGGGAGUGGGGUUCCCAAGAGCGAGCGAUGGUGGGGUCGAGCGAGAGCACGGACACCGGCACCUUCAGCUCGUCCAGCCCGCCCGACUCCGUGCCCGACACGCUGCCCAAUCACGACACACGGCCACAAAUCGCGUCCACACCUUUAAUGACAAUGCGAAAAGGCGCCAAAAACGAUCUGCUGAAUUUGCACAACACAAUAUCACCGAUAUACGAUAUGAUAGAUGAUAAGUCCUACACGGUAACUAAAGUGGCCAGUGUAAAUACAUCGGGCUUGGAACGCACAUACGAUAUGCAUAAUACUACUAUAAUAAAUAGUGCGACUAUGGUGAAAAAGAGUUCGGCUAAAAGGGAUAUUAUGGCGGGGAAAGCGAGUCCGGAUAAGAAAAUGUUUGCGCCUAGUGUCGUGCCUAAACCUACUAGGGUUAUUCCUUCGGCUGCAUCAUACGGUUCAAUGGUCCCACCCGCAGCUGUGCCGAGGAAAACAAGUCUUCCUACGUCUAAACUAAGACAAUAUAGUUCACAUAGAGAACUAAAUAGGAUACCGGCAGCCACACCAGCCGCGUCCGGCGUAGCGGUCGCAAGCCGCGGGCUCUCGCUCGGGGGCCGAACCAUGGUGCGGCGCGGCGUGUACGCGUCCAACCCCGCGCUCAGCCCCACCGCCCCCGCCGCCCCCGCCGCCCCCGUGCCGCCCGUCGCCACCGACUCCUACACUGUCGCCGUGCCGCAUCAUGCACAUAAGUUAGAAGACAGACAGGCUGCUAAGGCCGAGGUCCCCCCCACGCCGCCGCUGGUGCGACAAGGCACCGAGACUUUGAGGAGAGAACGACCGCAAAGUCAGUUGGUUGCACCCAGAGAUCUGCGAGCGAGCGUCGCGCCGGUGCCCAUGCGCAACCAUCAUCUGCCCUGUGACGUAUUACAGCCACCCACUAGCCGGCCGUACUCGAUAGCGACGGCGGGACAACUGCGCAUCUCUAGGCCAGCGUCAGGACCCGCGCCUAAGAUACAGCCACCGGCAGUAGUGGAUCAGCCGCGGCCAGCGUCGGGCGUCGAACGCGUAUCGGCACUCCCGCGGCCUUCCCGCCUGCCCGCGCCGCGACGGGCGCUGCGACCUCCAUCGGUAUACUCAGUGGCGCCGACGGCUGACGUCGACCACUACUGACAUUUAGCCUGCUGUGCCAACCUGCUGGGUCGGACGCCCUAGCAUUAACUAAAUUCUAACACACCUAAAAUGACUGAAAAACCACGGUGUCUACCUAAAUUUUGUACUGCCUAGAAAAUAUAACAAACCAACAUUUUGGCUUUUACUAAAACAAUUUUUAAACCAAUUUUUUAUGGUAAUAUUUUUUACCCAAGUAUUAGACACUGAUUAUUCUAACGUUAAUGUAGUAUUGACCAAUUUGGAGAACGAGUUUUUGGGCACGUAUCAGUAAUGCGGAGACAAUAAUUUGUUAAACUUUGUGGACAUUGAUAUCUGAGAUUUUUGUAAUUUAUUCGACAUUUCUAUUUUCACGAAAUUUCAUGAAUAUUUCAUUUUUUUAUUGUUGUGAUAAAAUACUAUAUCGUCUGAGUUCAUCUUAAUUUAUAAUCACUUUGUAUUUUAAUUUCCGGCAUUCAAAAUUUUUCACGUGAAAAUUUUGCUAAUGUCUUUCAUUAGGGGUCCGAAAUUACCUUUUCAGACGAUGAAAAGUUGGACAUUUUCAACCUCUAGCUAUUGUUAACUGUAUUUAUAGUUUCUCAUCGAUCAAAGCUCUCUCGCACCAUUCUCACUGUCAAUGAAGCUCAAAAUUGUUAAAUUUCAAUCUAAAUCAUGAUUUGGUACAAAGACAUACAAAUUAAGAUAUUAUUCCUAUAUUAUUAUUUACAAAUUUAGUGAGUAGUGUAUCAAAUGUUGGUUUAGUAAUUUAUUUCAUAGUAAGAAUUUUGCAUUUUGUUUCAAUAUAGAGAUUGUAAUCAUAUAGGGACAUGUAAUUUAAUCACGCUUUAGACAUAACUUUAUAUACGAUUAUUAAUAUAAUGCUCCUUUGUAUACUAACUUAUUGUAAUAUAGAAAGUUGUAUACACAGCACACACAUUUGACACGUAUUUUUAGUAAAAUUGUAAACAUACAAAAAUAUAUCAAAAUUUUGCUCCAAUUUUAUAUCUCACCUUCACACAUGCAUUGAAAGCACAAAUUUUAUGUAUAUUUAUAAUAUAUUCUGUUGUACAUUGUGUAAAUUUCAGUGUUACUGUAUUUGUAAAGCUUAUUAAAAUUUAUGAAUCCUCUGCUUCCUACCAGUUGUUGUAUAUCAAUCAAAUAUUAUAAAUACAUAUACCUAACAUAUCGAGGUUAAGAAACUUGUAUACCUAGCCGACGUCUUUCGUCCUUGUUUCAAAUGCUUUAUGUGUUUUUAUUAUGCUGUUAAACAAAUGUUAGUGUUUAUACAUCGAUGUUUUCCGGCCAAAUUACAGUAUUGUGAGCAAGUUUCUUGUAACCAGCAAUAAAUGAUAGCUGCGCGGUUGCAUUAUGAUUGUAUAUUUUGUAAACAGCAUAUAUAUGUAUAGGGUUGUUUGAUUUAUGUGAAAGUCUACGUGCAUUUGUGUGCUAAAUCUCUGUUCCCGCUAUCGUGAGCGGGCGGCGCCUGCCGACCACACGAUUUGUUUGAACACGUCGUGCCUUAUUUAGGUAGUGUAAGGGAUUUUGUUUUCAUUUUCUAAUAAAACUAUGUAUUUAAUGA